AUGAAGUUUUGCAAAUCUGAGAUUUUAUUUGCUUUCUUAUGGCUCCUGGUGGAUGGACAAGGCGCUAAUAAAGUUUCCCAAUUCCCCAACACCACCGCUCUUCAUAUUGUCACUGAAAAACUAGCAACACUCUCUCGUGUGACAAAUGGAAUCGCCCUCCAAAAAGAACUAAAUUCCAAAUCAUUCAAUGUAGAUGGGUUACUUGCUGAAGUUUUGGGAAUGGAUUCCAGGGAGAAGGGACUUGUCGAAUUGGUGAAAAUCGAUGUGGAGGGGUUGAAGAACGAGUAUGAGAAGAUUGGAAACGAUGCGAUGACAAUGAAGGUAUCAAAUCUAAAUGAAUCAGAAGUUCAGUCUCAAUUGGGUGUUUUGGGUGGUAUGGAAAAGAAUGUGGAGACACUUAAAGAAGGAAUAGAAUGGGACACGAGUGAAGUUCUACAAAACUUUACGAAUGCGUACGGUGUGAAGAGAACGAUUUUCGCUGAGUCGGUUAAAGAGUAUGCCACGGCUUUAGAAUAUUUCUUCACUGAUGAUUUGUCCACUGUUAACACAGCAGAAUUCGAGAAAAGUUUUAAGCAUUUGCGAUCAAAAACAAACGAUUUUAAAGAAACAUGCUCCCAAUUGUUAAGUUUCGAGACAGAUCUGAAAGAGUUAUGGGUAUUGAUAGACUCGACAGAAAUGUUUGGAACUAUAGAAGAACUUGCUGCAACAGCAGAUGUGUACAACAGAUCUCAGAACCAACUAAAUGCGUUGAAAACGAGUAUAGAAGAGAUGCAAAUGGAGUUUGGUACAAUUCAACCUAUCCUCAAAGAAAUCAAUAAACUAUCUGUGUCCCAAGUAUUCGAUGUGCUACGUGCAAAUUUCGAACAAAUGAAUGCAAAUGUCGUUUCGAAUAGAUUGCUGACAACGGGUUUCCCCGCAGGAACCAGAGAUAUUUCCGCUCUUUUCAAAGACCUCGAAGGGAAAUGGUUUCGACAAGAACUUGCAAGAAAUAAUGAAACAAUUCUGAAUCAAAUGGUAUCGGAGUUGGGAAGUCUGAAAAAAGUCAAUGAAAACGCUGCCCUGGUGGAGAAAUCCUGGCAAUUAGUGAAAUCAAAAACUGAGUUGUUGAGAAUUGCAAACAGUUCCGUAUUGUGGAAGGAGAUGAUUGGAAGAACAAUCGAUGAAUCCGUAUUCGAACAGUUGUCUUCAAGUAUCACUAAAAUUGGACAAUGCCUUCAACCCUUGAUGCCAAUCACAGCUCAAGUCGACUCACACGCCUUCCACGUUGUUCUUGAGAAGGUAAGAAACCUUGAAUUUGUUUCAAAAACUGUGUACCCGCUACUCAAAGAGAUCUCUGAAAUAGAAAUUCUGGGAAACGCAACUGUGUUUAAUUUGUUUGAAAAGGAAUUGAUAAAAACUGCUUCCGAUUCCAACUCUUUUAUUUUGCAAAACGUUGCGGCUGAAUUGAAAAAGAACAAAAGUUUUCAAGAAUUGUCGAAAAGGGCAAAACAAGCUGGUGACUUGAUGAGUAAAAUUCUGGAGACGAAUAUUAAUGAAAUCUUGGUUGAUUCUGAUCAUGAUUGGACUGCAAUCACGCACAUGCAGAAAGUUCUUGAGAACACAAAACUGGUGGAGAGUUUAGAAUGCCUGAAAAAUGAGAAUUUUGAUGAGGCUGGAAUAUCCAACAUUUUGAGUUUUGGAUCAACAAUUCGUUUAUUUGGAGAGAACUAUAAAACGGACAAAAGCGCUAUCACUUUCUUUAAAAAGAUGGCUCUGUUGAAAGCAAAUUAUGAAACGUUCAUAAACUCUUUUGCUAAAUCUCGUCCUAAACGGUCAACUCAAAAAUCAAUAGUCGACUCGUUGGAUAAUGCUCUCGUGGUCUCUCAAGAUCUUGGUAAAGGAGUCAGUUUGCUUCGAAAGAUGAGAGAUUUGUAUGAGAAUAGGAAAGUGAUGGUUGAGGUGACAAAAAGUGGAAAUGAAGUGUUUUUGGAGUUGAAGAAGGUACUGGAUACAAUUGACACGUCUUUGUUCAAAACUCAACUGGAGAAAACUGUUCAAGAUUUGGAUAGUCUGGAGUCAUAUGCGAAGAAAAAUUCAGACGGAGAUCUUCAGAAGAUUGGCGGAGUCUUUGAACAAGCCAGUACGAUCCCAGGAGUUGUUGUCGACUCGAGACGUCUAGUGGAUCCAGUCUCCACUUCUUUUCACACGUCAUCUGAUCCCAACAUCCAGAAAAGUGCAGAAUCAUUCCGAACUCUUGGUAAUCUGCAAUUGGAUUAUUCAAGCCAACGAUCCAGUUUUAAGACUGCUUCGUUAAGUGUUCUCAAACUCAGAGAUUUCUUCAAUCUAGUUUUUCCGGCUCCGAUAAUAUUGCCGCCCACGAACGAAAUAAAAACAACGCCCGAACCAAACAAUGAAACUCGUAACGUGUUACUGGGUGUAGGCGCAUUUUUAGUUCUACUCAUCGCUGGACUUAUACUAUUUGGAUAUAUCACUUAUAACAAGAGAAAGCGAGAAGAUCCGAAUUCGUAUGUUCAUUUACUGGAAUCGGGAGAAGAGAGUAAAAUAGAAAGAACGAUGAAAGAGGGAACGAAUUAUGUGUAUAUGCCAAUUCAUGAUGCGAUAAUUACUGAGAAAUAUGAUCGUUUGCAGUUAUGUGUCAAGAAGGGGGCAAAUGUGAACGCGUAUUGUAUUUACAAUGGUUUGCACCAGACUCCUCUCCACCUUGCUGUCCAUAAAGGAAACUUGAAAAUGGUUAAGUGUCUCAUUAAAAACGGAGCAGACAUGACAUUGAGGGACAGUGAAUACAGAACACCCAUCAUGGUGGGAGAAAGUGAUGUGGCAAUGUACAAUCUGCUUGCAAAAUAUGAGAAUAAGACAUUUCUGAGAAGAAUACCGAACGAGCUGCCCGAAGAGAAAUAUUUGAUACUUAGUGAGGGGGAUGAUUUGGCGUUUUCUCAGAAGUUUCCCGAAAUGGUCACCAAGGAUCCAAGACUUGCGACACACAUUGUGUUUCCAGUUGAUGCAGAUGGAUGUGUUGUCUUCAGUGAGCAAGAUCUGGAUCACAUGCAAUAUCUUUCUCUUUUUUUCGGACCGAAAAUGAUGAUGAGGGAAGAGUGGCGCAACACUAAACCCGGUUGGUUGUCAAGGAGAAAAUUGGGUGCAGACUACAACUAUCGGGUGAAAAGUGUGAAAGUGAACGGAAAACGAUACGACACAGUUACGAGAAUUCAUCAACAUGUACAGGAAAAACGCAUCCCAUUUUUAUUUGGAGUGGAGGCCUACUUUCCGGAUUUCAAGGCGAAUAAGAGACUAUGGACUCCACUUAAAUUAGCAAUGCAGGAAGCGGGUGCCAUCGUUUUUUGUGAUACGGUUCCGAAUGUGCAAGAUAAGAAAUAUCGAGAAGGAGAAGACUUCCGUUCUCCUUAUUAUUUCGAUAACUUGGGUCCAAUAUUCAUAAUGUCAAAUGAUAAAGAAAAUAUUUGUAAUCAACACCCAUUCAUUGCUAACAACAAUCGCUUCUCCCAUUUCAAAUUUCUAGAAAUGGUUGAAUUCCUUUUCAAGUUCGAGACACAUCACUUCAAGUUAACUGAAACGCAGGAUAAUACUGCAAUUGAGAAGUGGGACCCAGUCAAUACCAAUUAG